GCGGAAGAUUGUGACAGUCAGAGUUUCACUGGACAAAGGUAUUCCGUUGAGAUUCCCGGUGACAACGAGGAGGACAAGAAGAGAGAGACACAGGAGGGACAGGAGAGAGAGAGAGAGAGAGAGAGAGAGAGGAGGGAUUCGAAACCAUAGCCGAUGCAAUUUCACUGGACAAAGGCAUUUCCAUUCACGAGAGAUCCCCGGUGACAACGAGGAGGACGAGAGAGAGAGAGAGAGAGAGAGAGAGAGAGAGAGAGGAGGGACAGGAGGGAGGGAAGGAGAGGGAGAGAGAGGGGGGAUUCGAAACCAUAGCCGAUGCCAGCGAUGGUGGUCGUCGCGCCUAGAAAUUGCCAUUUGAGAUGGGGUGUCAGUCAAUCAGCAGCAGCAGCAGCAGCAGCAGCAGAGGAUGGCCGUGACAAGGCGUCAGGGGUGGCGUGGACGACGACGACGACAACGUGGAAUAACUUUGCAGCUCGCGGAGCGGACACGUGUCAACGACAUCGUGGCUCAUCAAUCUCCACUCGGCGCGCAGGCUCAAAAGGCCUGAUGAUGACCGCGUCCCACGUACCGUCCGGGAUGGGGGUUGGGACAUCCUCCCUCCCCCGUGGGUUAUCUCCUUUGUCCAGUCGCGGGAUCGCCACGUCUCAUGAUCCCCAUGUGCAUCUCCUCGCUGGCAGUCGAGCAACUCACGCUUGCUCGGUGCCACGUGUCACGCCGUCAGCGACUUGCCGACGGCGCUGCCGUCAUCGAUGGCGGCCAAUUAAACCAGCUCCUUGGAGCGCAGUUUCGUCCGCGUCCGGAAGCCAUACGCGCUGGACAGGACAGCCAAGAAGACGAGGGCGAGGAGGAAGAGACCGCGCAGAGGUAGGAGGCGGAGGAGGGACGUACAUGCCGGUACCCGAGUGCUGGAAGCAGAUGUGGGUGUGGGGAGAUAAGUCGGCAUCCUCUUCUGGACCUGCUGUCGGGAUUGUUAUGUCAAUCAGGGCAAGCGAUCGAGGCCUGUUGCCCGCAAAGACGAAGGGCUUUCAGGAUGGGAGUCCUGCCAGUCAGCCAGGGCGGGGACCAAGGUGGCUGACUUGGAGAUCUGGUGCAAGAUUUGGAUGUGGAAGUGGAUUUUCAGGUGAAGAUAGGAAUAGCAAUUGUCCGACGGCGGUUGCUGGCGAUGGUAGCCAUGCGAGCGUCCAAGCGGAUGGUGUCGAUCCGGGGAGAACAGUAGAUGGGAUCGCAACUACUCAAGGAGUUGUCGCGGUGAACGAUGGGGUUAUCCGCAAAGCUACCCCAUCUGGGGACGAUGUACGGGUGUGUGAUGGCUUGGGGGGUGAUGCCUCGCACACCAUGAACCCCAUGUCCCAAACUGCGUCGUCUCCUGCUGGCUCGUCAUUUGCUGCCCCCUGUCCCGUUCCUGGUCCAAUUAGUGCUGCUGCUCCUGCUUCUGCCGGGGCAGCGUCCUAUUCCUUUCCGGAUAGACCGACUGAUCCCAGGCUGAGGGCCAUUGAGGACUUCGUCGAGAAGACUAUAUUCGACUUCCGCUUCUUCACUCUGCUGGGCGUUCUUGGCUCACUUACUGGAUCAGUUUUAUGCUUUGCUAAGGGCUGCUUUUUCAUUUGUCGAGGCUUCAAAGAGUACUACGCUACCUGCUUAAGUGGGGUUCAUACAGGGAAAGUCAUCCUCCUGCUGAUUGAGGCAGUAGAUGUUUUCCUCGUCGGUACUGUGAUGCUCAUAUUUGGCAUGGGACUCUAUGAGCUGUUUAUCACCAACGUGCCAGCCACGGUGCCAGUCAACAUGGAUCGCGCUCUCAACACCUCAACUCUGUUUGGGAUGUUCCGUCUACGGGAAAGACCACGUUGGAUGAAGAUCCAGAGUCUAGACGAGCUCAAGACAAAGCUGGGACAUGUAAUUGUUAUGAUACUCCUCGUCAACAUGUUCGAGAAAGCAAAGAUGGUGGAAGUAGCCUCGGCAACCGACUUGGUAUUCUUCUCCCUUUCGGUACUGAUGUCGGCAGGAUCUCUGUAUCUUCUUAAUCGCCUGCACCAAUGAGUGGUACACACAACUGUCUUGGGUGACAGGUAUUCUGCAAUCCUAUGAAGGAUUCGAACUACUCGACAGCAACGAUCUGGAGGAAACGGAGUCGACAGCAAUCAUCCGGAGGAAACGGAUGAUUGCAAUCCUAUGAAAGGAUUCAAACUACUCGACAGCAAUCAUGUGGAGGAAACGGACUUGGUAUUCUUCUUCUCAAUUCCAGCAUUGAUUGUCAGCAGCUUCUCGUUGUCUUCUUAUGACCUUCACAGGUAACAGCCCGAGAGUCUUUGCAACAGGUCAUCUGUGCUCCUGUGGAGAAUUCAAACUCAACAGCAAUCAUACAGAAGAAUUUGAGUGCUCGCUGCAUCAGCCAGGAUCCUCUAAACCCACGGUUGCAAAACGUUUUUUUUUUUUUUUUUAACCCAGCGUCCUUGCUAGGAGAGGAGGUAAGAGCACCCCCUCCUAGCAAGAGACCUGAGUGCUCCGGUCUAUUGGUGGGGAGCAGCACCUGCUGGAAAGCGGGUCCAGCGUCCCAUUGUACAUCUGACAGCCUGCCAGCACACGGUUGCAAAAAGUGCAGCCUCAAAAAAACUCACAGCUGCAAAACUCGUAUGUGGAAAGCUCCAGGUGCAAAAACUCAUGGGCACAAAACUCGUAAGCUUGCGGAAGUAUCACACAGCAGUACGUGUUUUGUGGCACCACCAAGCCAGUGGGUCCCCUCAAGCCAGUGGCUCCUUGAGGGGACCUGGACCCCAACCAUACCUACUCGUGCGAUUCUCAGGCAUUGAGAAGGUGUCCUCGCGCCUCGCAGAGUCGGGUUUGGCAGUGGUCAGAUGAAAGUCAGUCAUGGAUCAAAACUGCGAGGAGGUUUCAGUGGCAUGUGGGUGAAUGUGAUACCGAUGUGAUCACAAAGUUGGUGGCUUUUCGCCUCGGCUGACUGCGGAAAGAUCCAUUCAAUAGGUAGUGGAAACAUUUGCAGCGAGCAGCUGGAGAAUGGUGGAGCAAUUCCUUUGACUAUAGACUCUUGUCUCAAGGCUACUUCCAAGACCGUCAGUAGAUAACCACCAUUGCAGAUCUCGGUCCGUUGAUCGGAGCUGAGUGAUUGAUGCGAAAAUGUGAAGGUACUAGCAAGAGGAAGGGGGCGAAGACCAUACUCGAAACAGGUCAGAGCCCUGGAACAUGAGUGUUUAUGUUGGAAGGCCAUAAGAUCAGUCAAUGAGACUCCUACUCCCAUUUGGAGGCCAUGGGAGCGUUGUGAGGUCACGGGUAUCUAUGGUCUAAGUGGUCAGCUUUAAUGUCCUUUGUUGAGACAAAGGGCCUGUUAGAGCCUUGCAGCAUCCAGACACUACUUUGGGUGGCGAGCACUCCUUCACUCUUCCCUACAUUCGAACAAGCGGAGAGGUCAAGCUGACUGCUGCUGCAGCAUUCUCUCUCUCUCUCUCUCUCUCUCUCUCUCUCUCUCUCUCUCUCUCUCUCUCUCUCUCUCUCUCUCUCUCUCUCUCGCGCGCGCGCGCGCGCGCAUGCACCCGCACGUGCAGGACACACGUACGCAAGUGCGCCACGCACAUGCAUGUGCACACAUACAACACAACAUCCUAACAAGUGGAUGGAAGCCUGGCGAAACAUUGUGACACAAACAUGACAACACACACACACACACACACACACACACACACACACACACACACACACCACGACUGGACUUCUAUAGGGAUUUGCUAGAAUGUCAAGAACAGACUGUGUCCAUCUUACAGGGAAAUCAUUGUAAGAAAAGAACCGUCGAAUCAUCCCGGUCUAGUGAGCCUCGCGUUAUUCCAGGCCGGAGUGUCUGAGAAUACGAUGUACAGACGAAAAUACCCGUUGGUUCUACUCAGUGCAGGUAGUUAUGUACAGCUGAAAUGCCUGUAGAUCUCAGCAAUAGUGGAUAUCUUCAAGACUUCAACUGUACAGUUCACACUCGUUGUCAUUCUGUUUCUCUAGUGGUGUCCAUAUGUAUCAGUUAUACCGCUCCCUCCUGUUUGCACUGACACACAUUUACUGCCAUUCUGUUGCUCUAGUGUUGUCCAUACCUAUCAUCAGCUAUUAAUCACUUCUCUCAUGUUUGCACCAACAGUAGGGAGUUGCAGAUAUACCUUGUGUACAGGAAUGUACUCACACCUGGUCUUCCUAGCACACUAUACCAACCAUAUAUUUUAUAACUCUGCUUAAUCCAGUGUCCAUGUCAGUAGAGCAAAACCGAACAGCUGCAUUAUUAGCUAUUGGUAAGAACUUGUAAGUUAACUAACAUCGAUAUUAAUUAGUGAUUAUGUAUUUGGUAUUUCUAGUUUUACGCCAACAGUACCACAUGCUUUCCUAGUGAGCUAGUCCACAAGUGAGCUCCACAGGCUAGCUCCACAAGGUACAGGGCAAUUCAACUCUGUGGUGCUAACUUCUGCCUCCACACAGCAGUGGGUUUUCCCCUGGGCUGCUUCCUCUGCUCUAGUAGCAGCAGGAUCUGUGUUGGAACGGCGCAAUAGACUUUUCAGGCAGUGGCUGAGAUGGUGCAGAGUCUACAGACAAUGAUAUGCUGAGGAAAGAAAGGUUCUUCUUUCGACCAGUGGCGAGGCAAAGGUUCGGCGUUCAACCAGUUACAAGGAAAAGCUUUGGCUUUUGAAAGCGACGCGAUAAAAAUCCCGGCUUUCAAUCGGUUUCGUCGUUCCGCAGAAAAGUUACAGCCUUUCAGCUUUCAACAGGUGACGACGAAACAUUUUCGCCGAUUUCGGCUUUCGACAGGCGACGAGGAAAAGUUUGGGCUUUGGACGGGGGACAAGGUUCGGACUUGAAGAAAGGGAGUGAAAGAUGGGAGAUGGACUGACUAAGGCUGGAUCUACAAAUGCCACCCUUGAAAGCGAACAGUUGGUUGCUUGCCGGUUUUUGACGGAGCUGUUGAUGAUUAUGCAGCGGAAAGGGUCCAAGGGAGUCUUCUAUGCUAUCAGUGGAGAGAGGUAGGAGGAAGUGUCCGGAGCGCGGAGGCGACAAAGAUUUUUUGUUGUGGAAGCGCUUUCCGAUGCUCUUUCCGUCCGCUGGAUGUUUUCCAGUUUGCUGAAAUUGUAUGCACUUGCACUGUGUCCUUGGUAAGGGUAGUUAUCCUAGUAGUACAUCCUUUACUAUUUUUAAACAGUUAUGGGAGUGGUAAGGAAGCUCCUUCCGUUUGAUCGCAACUUUGCAUGUCUCUCUGUUUUUUUCAAUGCUUCAUUUAUUUGCUGAAGGUUUUCAGGAAUAGGGGAAAAGCAAAACCCAAAAACACUUCGAGAAAGUUAUCAGGCUGCAAUCUUUUGGCCAUGCAUAUAUAGAUUAGCAGUUUACUGCCCUGUCCUCAUUUCACCCUCUCUUUUUUUUUUUUUUGGUAUUCUCUUUUCUCUAUCUGGCCGCGGCCGCGGGAGGUAUGUCCGUGCUCUGUUUUGGGAUGUUCACUCAAGAGGCAUGUUGGUCCACAGGCGAAGGGCACAACUACGUGGGGGGCGCCAAAAGAAAAGGAAUAAAAAGGCGAGAAUGUUCCCGUCCGAAAUUUGAAAUUCCAGUGACGUCCACUUGGAGGCGCACAGGUUAUCCCAGCGUGGCGGCGGGGUACCGGAUAGCUCGUUUUACUCGCCUUCCAAUCUACGUGGGAGCGUGGUCACCCUUUCAGUGACGAUGCCGGCGCGCAUUGUGUAGUCUUUCAUCGUGAGGUGUCUGCGACCAGGCCCAUUCAGACAGUGGCCUGGGACCAAAUUGGUUAGGUGUGCCCAACCACCCAGGCGCAAACGUGCGGUGUUCCCUGCUUGGACUGUGCUUUCGGAAGAGCCUGGAAGGCUCGCAUAUGUUUCUGAUUUUCACAAGCAAGGUGGAUGCAACCAACUGGCGCGUGGUAACUGUCUGGCGCCCACCAAGACAUGCAAAAUUGACAGAUUCAGGCCUCGUCGAUAUUCAGGAGCCCGCCUUCACUUAGGGCGGGCACAUGUUUGUUGUAUGGGCCCUUAACAGGCAUCCCGACCCUGCUUAUGACAUUUUGCAAUUCUCCAUUACCUCUCCAUAGCAGGGCUGUCACCUGUCGUUGCUGAGGGCCCAGAUAGCAGAUUUGUAACCAGAGGGCCGCUAGUAUCACACUAUUGAUCACUAAUACCCUUCUGAUAAGGGAGGUUUGACGGUCCUUCCAGCGGGCUAGUUUCUCCAGUGCAGGUUUCAGGAUCCACUCAUCAUUCGAUGCAGGUUUACCCAGUGUCGUCAGCAUAAUUCCCAGCACUCUGACCGGGGCCGUUUUCGGGAGUCAUUUGACCUGCGGGAGCUCGGGGGGGCGCGUCCCUUGGUGGUGAAUCCACCAUCCCAGGGUUUUGUUUCCCCAAUUGACAGUCAUAUAUGAGACUGUUGUAAAUCGGUUGAAUGAUCGUCUGAUCUCUUCCAUGUUUGUUGCGGUUGCAUCAACCAUAAGUGUCAGGUCGUCUGCAAACAUCGAACAGAUCGGGAUUGCUUCUUCCGGUAUAGCCGAGAUCUGCAAUUUCCUGAGGUCUUUAUUGGUGCGGAGGUUUGCUGCCAACGCCUCGAUUAUGAUAAUGAACAAGAAGGGUGUCA